AUGUUAUCUAGUUUUUAUUUACAGCAAACAAGUCGUCGUUUGAUUAUUAUUUCAACUCGAGCGACUUUAUCUAUUUCACCUUAUCCAAAACCUAGUGAAAUACAAACAACAUCUGAUGGAGUUUCGAUUAAUUAUUUAACACAAAAAAAUUCAUUAAAUAAACUUAAAGAUGAUAAUAUAAAACAUAUUCCUCUUAAUGAUCUUUUAGAAGUUAAAAAUUUGAAUAAAACAUCUCUUGUUUCAAAUAACGAAAAGCCAAAUAUUGGUAAUCUUCAACAAGAUACGAAAGUAUCAAGUACACUUGUUUUACCUGGUGUACCAGUUAAUCCAAAUGUAAAAUCAUUAGCAAAUGAACAACAACAUACAAUAAAAGACGAACAACAUGAACGACUACCAUCAUCACGUUUUUCUGCUUUUCUUCGAAGUAUUCGAUCGGGUUUACCUUUUUUUUCAUCAAAGAAAAAUAAAGGAUCGUCAGUGGAAAUUGCUACAACACGUGAACAUUUUAUUCCGUUAACACGUCCGUCAUUAAUACGUUUAAUAGCCACUGACAAUCAGUUAGUUGAUAGUGAUGAUGAUCGUCUUGUAUUUCAUCAAUUAUGUGAAGGUUUUGAUAGUGCUGUUGUACAACGUUAUCAUCCAAUAUUAAAUGAAUUAAAAAAUUUAUUUAAUCCAUUAAAUCCUGAUAAUGAAACAAUUGAUCAUCAUCAAAUAUCGUAUCGUGAUCGUUUAGAUAAUGAAUAUUGGUUAUUACAAAAAAUCGAUGAUUUACUUCAUCGUUCAAAUUUUACAGAAUUACCACGAAAUAUUCUUUUAGAAAAAUUUAUUAUACAAGAAAAUGUAUCAUUAUCAAAUGUUAAUAUUAAAAUAAAUGGUUAUGAUUAUGAUGUAUUAAAAUUUUGGAUACUUGGUCGUGAACAAAUACCAAUUGAACAAUUAUCACGAUGGAAAAGAUUAUUUCGAAAAUCAAAUUCAUUAAUAUCAAAUGAUUAUUUUAAACGUAUUAUUUUAGCUGUACGUCUUAAAGGACAAGAUCGUUUAUAUCUGAAAGCUUUUCGUGAUAUACCAUUACAAAAUCUUCCACAAUUAUUACCUAUUGGUAAAUUACAAAUAGGUCAUUUUGAACAACGACUUAUUUGGUUUACAUUUUUUAUUGCUACAAGUACAGCUGUUACACAUUUAAUAACAACAAUGGCUGAUUUUCAUAUACCAGGUUUAGUUAUUGGUGGAAGUAGUUUAACAUUAUUACUUACACUUUGGUCAAUAAGAAGUUCCUAUAAAUCAAAAAUAAAUUAUUUAUCAAAUAUGAAUCGAUUAUUAUUUUAUAAAAAUAUUGCAUCAAAUAAACAAUUAUUAGCAAUGAUUAUUGAUCGAGCAGAAGAUGAAUUAAGUAAAGAAAUUCUCAUUGCUUAUAUGAUUACCUUAUGGAGACAAAAACAAAAUGUGGAAGUAACCACAAAAACUCUUGAAUUAGAAAUCGAAAGUUGGAUUCGUAUGAAAACAAAUGCAAAUAUUAAUUUCAAAAGUGAUCAAGCUGUUGAAUUUCUUCGUAAAUUAGGUAUUCUUUUACCUGAAGAUCCAUCACGACCAGGUCGUUUACAUGUAAUUCCAUUUAAACAAGUUGUUGGUAUUCUUCCAAAAAUUUCACGUGCAUUAAGUGAAAAAAAUGAAGAAUGGGAUUUAAUUGAAGGAUAUGAUAAAAAAUAUUUUGAAGUUGAUUGGAAAACUGUUCUUAAUGAAGAUAAGCUUCUUGAAAAAGGUGGAUGGCAUUAA